CUUCUGCCCACGAACGAAGGGUAGUAUUCGAAUCAACAACUAACUCAGUCGGCGGAUAACUGCGCAACAGUCAACAUGCGUACCUACGACGAUACCUUCUCCGGCGAGAAGAUCUACCCUGGAAAGGGCAAGCUCUACGUCCGUGGUGAUAGCAAGAUCUUCCGAUUCCAGAACGGCAAGACCGAGUCCCUCUUCCUCCAACGCAAGAACCCCCGUCGCAUUGCCUGGACCGUCCUCUUCCGAAGACAACACAAGAAGGGUAUCUCUGAGGAAGUUGCCAAGAAGCGAUCCCGUCGCACAGUCAAGUCACAACGUGCCAUCGUCGGUGCCUCCCUCGAUGUCAUUAAGGAGCGACGAACCCAAAGACCCGAAGCCCGAUCUGCUGCCCGUCUCGAAGCUAUCAAGGCCGGAAAGGAGAAGAGAGCCGCUGCUCAGAGCGCGAAGAAGGCUGAGAAGGCGAAGAGUGCUGCCGGUGCUGCCAAGGGACAAGCCACAAGAUUGACUAGCAAGCAGGGAGCGAAGGGUGCGCCAAAGAAGGUUCAGGCUACAAGCCGUUAAGGGGUUGAGAUGGGCUGCUACUUUUUGUUCUGGUUUGUGGGAAGGGUCACGCAUGGAUGAGCAUAUGGACUUGCACGGUCUGGGAUGAUAGCUGAUCAAUGCAAAACCGGU